AUGCAACUGCUCCAGUGCGGUCGCAACAUGGGAGAGACACUCGCCAACCACGAUCAUGCGCCGCUCCCAGCGAAGCACGUGCGUCGGGAGGAAGCGGAGGAGAAUGGCAACGAGGAGGAGGGAAUCGAGCGACAGGGGAGGGGUCGAGUGGAAUCAGAGGAUGUAGCCGCUGAGGAGGAUCACCAGGGGAACUUGCAGACGGGGUGGGCGGCACCCCGGCAGGAAGCACAAGAGGUGCCCCAACCGCGGCCGCCUGCGGCGGGGGAGCCGGAGGAGGUGGCGCACGCGCUGCCGGGGGAGACUGAGCCACCGGGAGGGCGGGAGGAGGUGGAGGAGCCAAUGGCGUCGACGGCGCCGACUCAGCAGGCACGGACGAUAGCUGCUGGGACGACUGGAGAGAUGCUGAUGGACAACGCCGCGGCGUCGGCACCAAGAGGCGAUGACUGCGCGUCGGACACAGGGGCCCGACAAUCUCUCGCUGGACAGCGGUGUCGAGGCGGACGGCGACGUCGGAAGGAGCCGCCACGAGCCCGGAGAUGUGGAUGGGUCCGCCCGCGGGGAGAGCGAUAG